AAAAUUACAUUGGUUCUGCAACCUUCGCGAUUGAAGACAUGACUGCCUUUUGACUGGAGUUUCUCUUUUUCACUGCCCUUCUGGGCUCAGUCAAAACACGAUCUGUUGAUACAACUGGCAUGACGAAUGACCUGAUGGGUGCGGAUGACAACAUGACAGGUGACAUGUGUCAGGACUGCACUCAGAUUUUUGAGCUUCUGAAGGACCUCUUUUCCAAUGGGGACUUCCAGGCCAAAUUAGCUGCCUCUCUUGAGCAACUGUGUGAUGAGUUGCCUGCCCAAAUCUCUAAAAUCUGCCACACUGAGGUGGAAAAGAUGCUUCCUUUUGCCAUCACCUUCAUUACCAGCAUGAUGCAACCCAAUGACAUCUGUACAUUUCUUGGAUUGUGUGGAGGACGUGACAUUGACAGGAUUAGAGAUAUGUUGCUUAAUCACAUGUCAAAAACUCUACCAGUGCCAACUAUGAAGAUGGAGACGUCCAUGCAGUGCUCUGUUUGCACAUACAUUGUGAGCACACUUGAGUAUCUGUUUCCCAGAGAGAGGACUCAGAGCAUCAUAACUGUCCUGCUGGAGAGUUUGUGCAGAGAGUUUCCUCCUCUGUUUCAGCCACAGUGCAAUAAGAUGGUUGAAAAAUACGUCCAGCUGUUGGUUGACAUGCUACUGAACAAUACUUCACCUAACUUCAUAUGCACUCUGCUUCAUCUUUGUGAAAUACAGGAGCAUCCCGUCAAAGCGGCCGAGGUGCUUUCUGAUUGUGAUUCCUGCCUUACAUUGGCAGUUUUGACUCGUUUGCAUCUGGGCUCCAAUGCCACCGAGCUCCAGGCUGCUUCAUUCCUGAACACUGUCUGCCAGCUGCACCCCAGUGCCAUGCCAAAGUGUGAGACUUUUGUGCAGCGUCAUGGGAAGCAGCUCAGUGUAUUUCUGAGCAAACAGCAGGGGGCGCUGGACAAUUGCAAGAAGGCAAAUUGGUGCAUUUCUGUUGAGAAGGAGCCUGUCAUUGCUGCUGACCCCUGUAGUCUCGGACCAAUCUACAGCUGCAGAGACCUCCAGACUGCUGUUGACUGUGGGGUAGUUUCAUUCUGCCAGAAGAACAUGUGGGAGUAAUCUGUUACAGCCGUCUAUUAUACAUGCGGAGUCAAAGGUUAUUUGUGUGCGUUGCAACAGUGUCUCAGCAUUAACAAUGUAGCCUAUAUGAAAAGCUGAUGGGCCUACUGGACCAACAUCACAGCAUUUUUCUUCCUCUCCUGGAUUUUCAUGGUUAUAUUUGCUUUUCGAGUUGAAAUUGAGGCUAACAAAUUCAUAGGCUUGGCUAAUAUCUUCAGCAAACAAGAUAAAAUAGAACAAACUCAUAUAAAAACAAGUUUUCUGGGGCAGCUAUUAUUUUAAUAAAAAGAAAUAGUUGCUCAAGCAACAUCAUUGAUCUCACGAUACUUUAUCAGUCUUUUCAGUGGUUUGCACGAGCCAUCAGUGAGGUCAAUUCAAAGGUCAUUUACAAUAUUAUCUUGCAUAUGAAUCAUUACAUUGGGGGUGCAUAAACAUUUGAUCAGCGAUAAUAUACAUUUUUAAACUAAAACAGCACAUUUUUGUGUUCAUUAGAGGAUGUUCAGUAUACUCCCUGUAUUGUGCAUAUAUUUUCUGUAGUAACCAUAGUUUUGGUUAAAAUAUUGUAUUGACUACAAUUAUUGGUCCUACACUUUGUAUAAGACACCACUAUCAUAAAAAACUAUAGUACGUCACUAUAGUAUUUGAUCUGAAACUAUUAAUAUGGUAAGUUAUUGUAGGGCAUACUAAAUGUUUAGUUCACUUGACACUGUCAAGGCCUAUAAACUGUAAAAA